GGAAAUGCCUCCUGGAACUACCCGAUUUAUCUAUGCCGAUGAACAACAACUUGGAAUCGCCGUGGGUGAGGCUAUUAGCGGUCUGCUGGAAAAAUCAUCGGGCCUAAAUAAAACAUUUUCCAUCGGAUUAUCAGGUGGCAGCAUGGCUAAACUUAUUUCACCGAGCUUGCGAAAGCUAUCCAACUUCCAGUGGUCUUCAGUUCAUUUCUUCUACUGUGAUGAGCGUCUCGUCCCUGUGACGGAUCCGGAAUCCACUCAUGGCCUAUAUGAGAAAGAAUUGUUCUCGCACAUUGAUAUACCUAGAGAAAACAUUCACUCCGUGGACACCUCACUUUCUGCACCCGAAGCUGCAGUCGAUUAUCAGAAGGCAAUGCUUAAUCAUUUUGGCGUUCAGCACGGUUUUCCGUGUUUUGACCUGCUCCUGCUUGGAAUCGGUCCCGAUGGACACACCUGUUCGCUCUUUCCGAACCACACACUCCUACGUUGUGAGGAGGCUGCGGUCGCUCCAAUCACGGACAGCCCAAAGCCACCACCGCAACGUGUAACCCUGACCUUACCCGUGCUGAACAAAGCUCGGCACGUGAUGUUCGUUGUUUCCGGAUCGGGGAAAGCAGAAGUCGUUUCAAAAAUACUCAACAACAGUUUGCCUUCACCCGACCUCCCGUGCACCUUGGUACAGCCGUUUGAUGGAACCGUUGCAUGGUAUUUGGACAAGGCUGCAGCCGGUGCACUUUGAUUUGUAUUUGUUUCAACUAGGAGAAACAGUUGUUCUCAAAUAUGGUGGAGGACUCUCCUGAUCAGCCGAGUUGCUGGACGGGUGGUGGACGGUAACAGCCCCUAGGCGGAUGGUACGGAGGUGCAUAUCAACGAAACCCG